GGUAUUGAACUGUACGUGCAGUGUCUCGCCGGCGAGACGGAUUCUCUAUGAAUGGGCGCAACGAGACUGAAACAAGAAGAACAAUAAGUAGCUGGUUGCUUUAACGGAUAUGGGCACAUAUGUAUCGUCACCAAACAGUGGCAAACAAAGCGUAGCGUUAAGCGUCUUCCAGCUAGUCCAAACUGUUGUAAUCAACUUGUAAUUGUUACUUCGAAGUUCUUCGAUAUUACCAUGUGUAGACUACUGCCUCAUCUCGUUAGCACUUACGUGCAGCUGUCUAUUUUGCCCAUAAUUGCUAUGCAUGUCACCUGGAUAGUGCUUCGGGCAGGGUUCAUGUAAACGGAUACCGCGUGUCCUGCUGAAUCUUGCUAGGUUACUUUGUUGUGGCGAACCUGUGAUGCCAUCGCAACAGCCUAGGGUUCCUACCGCCGUGUCGACAUCCUAUAUAAGCUCGCGCUGUUAUUCACUGGCUUGAGUUACCACAACACUUGCAGCGCGCCGGACGUUCUGUUGAAAUACUCUUUUUCCACUUGUCUAUCAUCGUACACACUCUCUCAUACAUCCUCUUAACCACCGAUCAUGGAAACUGGUGUCAGUGUCGCCGCGAAGGUUCUGGACGAGGUCUUUAAACCAGUACUAGAAGAGCUCAAAGAUUUAUGGCCAAGUCAUUGCAUAAAGGAUGGUGACUAUCUCUUGGGACAAAUAGAGGCGCUUGUAAAAGAAAAAGAGGAGUACAUUAAGAACUCGGACAGAUUUCUGAUUUGGGUUCAGGUUGAACAGAUCAAAACGUUGAAAGAGCAGUUGGAGAAUAGAAGCAAGAGCUCGAUUCUCCGGCGCCCUGUUCCGUAUAUCCGAGAGUCUAUCAGGCUCAGAAAAAUAGCAGAACAUACCUAUAAAACAACCGUAAACUCUGCUAGAGACAUGGCGUUGGAGAGACAUUUGAAACCAAGACAAGAAACCCCUGAUGCCGACAAGAUAUCACAUAAGGGAGAUUUGGGUAAUGAAGCAACCUCCAUGAUGGUGUCCAACGUCAAUGACGUAGUUUCAGGAGAGGCCAGAUUGGUAGUAUCAGGCGACGUACUAAACGGAAAAUCCGAAUCGAUAAUCGUGAAUAACAUGAACACUGCGACUAAUGGCACUGCUUUUCGUGGGUCGUUGGUGCUUUGUGUCGAGCUUGAGGUCCCUGAAGGUAGUUCACGUCAGGGACAACUUGUCAUAAGUAACCAUAAUACCGGAGAGGGAGGCUCCGCACAUGUAAUUUUGAAAAGCCCGAAUCGUCCAGAUCGUGUCCUAAAGCGACUAGGGACUCUGAUCUUUCCGCGGAACCCUGCUCCAGCAGAUGAUAGUGAGACUAGCAAUGAGAUGCCUAGCCUGCCAGUGAUCCGGAAGGCUGUCAUGGCAGAGAGCAUCUGCUCCGACACGGUCUCUUUCUAUACCGCGUGUGAAGGUGACUCUGACUCAGAUUCUGACGAGGCCACCGUCUAUGGUGAUUCAGACUCUUUUGAUGUCGGUCAGUACACUGGUCUCGAGGUUUACGCAGCCCAAGAGAUGGACGACGCUGUGGAAUAGAUCUGAAAUACCUCGUCAUACCCAGUCUGCAGUGCCCUCGGUCUUCUGCUGUUUUAGUAUCAACUUAUUACCUGCAUCAGUGUGCUGUCUGUCAUCCAACUCAUGUCUGUCGUUACUGUAUUGUCUGGAAUGUAAUUGCGGGCAGUUGCAGCUAUCAUGUAUCUGUAUUUCUUCACUACUUGGAGAAUGAAUGAGUGUAACAAGGA